AUGGAUGGUGCGGCAUUGAAUCCCGAUGUCAACCCCUUCCAAAGAACGUUUGUGCGACACAUUCGACGAUACGAUGAGAUGGAGAGAAAGCUCAGGUUUCUGGAGUCGCAAAUCACUAAGGAUGAGAUCCCGAUUGCUGGAAGGCUGGUUCAAGGUGACUACAGUGUGAUGCCGACAGCGGAGUUGAACCAGCUAGAGACGACUCUCACUGAUCUUGAAAGAGACGUUCAAAACAUGAACGAGUCUGAUGCACAACUCAAGAAGAACUAUAUGGAGCUGAAGGAAUGGGAAGCGGUUCUCGAGAAAACCGAUGAGUUCUUCCACGGAGUGAGUGUCUCAAUGCACCAAUAUUUUGCAUUUUCACUGAUUUUUCCGAACGUGAUUUUCAGCUAUGUGGUUGGGGUGAUCCGACGCGAACGACUGCUCGUCUUUGAAAGAGUACUUUGGCGAGCCAGUCAUCACACUGCUUACCUCAGGAGCGCACCGAUCGAGGAGGAGUUGGAAGAUGAGAACAGGAUUAAAGUUCAAAAAGACGUUUUCAUCGUUUUCUACAAAGGAGACCGGCUCCGCAAUAUCGUCGAGAAGGUGUGCGACGGUUUCAAGGCGAAACUCAUGAAGAACUGCCCUAAGACAUUCAAGGACCGACAAUCUGCUCGCAUUGAUGUGAAGGCUCGUCUACAGGAUGUUAAGACAGUGCUCGGUCAGACUCAAGAACAUCGAUACCGGGUUCUGCAGGCUGCUGCUAAUAAUCACAACAACUGGCUGAGACAGGUCAGAAUGCAAAAAACCGUGUACCACCAUCUGAAUCUCUUUACCUUCGACGGUAUUGGCAAGUUCUUUGUGGCCGAAUGCUGGGUGCCCUUGGUUCACUUAGACGAAGUGAAGGCAGCCCUCGAACGAGGAGCGGAAACAUCAGGCUCUACAGUUCAGCCAGUUCUGAACGUUCUAGAGUCUCCAGAAGAACCACCGACUUAUAACAGAACAAACAAAUUCACCGAAGUUUUCCAAGGAAUCGUUGAUUCAUACGGAAUCGCCACCUAUCAGGAACUGAACCCUGCCCCGUACACGAUCAUCUCGUUCCCGUUCAUCUUUGCUUGUAUGUUCGGAGAUCUGGGACACGGUUUGCUUAUGUUCCUCUGCGGUCUUUACUUCGUGGUUCGGGAGAAGAACCUCAUCAAUCGUAAUAUCAAGGACGAGAUCUUUGGAAUGUUCUUUGGUGGACGUUAUAUUAUUCUGUUAAUGGGACUGUUUUCGAUUCAUGCAGGCAUCAUCUACAAUGACGCCUUUGCAAAGUCGUUCAACAUCUUUGGAAGUACUUGGCUGAAUCCAUACCCCAAUCAAACUCUCCACGACUGGACCAUCGAGAGUGAACAGAACAAAAAAGAGUUCUUGAUUGAGAUGGAUCCCGGCUACAGUUACCAACAUGCUGGAGGACCGUAUCCAUAUGGUGUGGAUCCCAUUUGGAAUGUUGCCGAAAACAAAUUAAACUUCCUGAACUCAAUGAAAAUGAAGUUAUCUGUGAUUGUUGGAAUAGCGCAGAUGACAUUCGGCGUUAUAUUGAGCUUCUACAAUUACAGAUUUUUCAAGUCAAAGAUCGACAUCUUCACAGUUUUUAUUCCACAAAUGCUAUUCAUGACUUGUAUAUUUAUUUACCUGUGCUUGCAGAUCAUUGUGAAGUGGAUUUUCUUCUGGGUCAGGGCGGAGUAUAUUUUCGGCCAGCUUUAUCCUGGUUCUCACUGUGCGCCAUCCCUCCUGAUUGGUCUUAUCAGCAUGUUCAUGUUCAAGGAUCGACCAGCUGGAUUCGUACAAAUGGACAAACCAAUAGCAGGAACAGGAACUAAUGGAACAAAUAUACAGUAUGUGGAGCAAGAACAAUGCUAUCUCACUCAGUGGUAUCCAGGAGAGAGUGCUGUGGAACAUGCUGUCAUAAUAGCAGUGUUGGUUCCCAGUGAUGCCUGCUCGAAAGUCCUGAAUCUACUUAGCCAUGGAGCGGCAGAGGAAAAAGCAAGAAGGCCCAUGGGAAGCAACAUAUCGGUCCGAGCGAACGUCGUUGCGGAUGAUUCGGAGAUCAUCAUCAACGGUAACCACAAGGUGGAGGAAGCCGAGGCGGCUGGUGGACAUGGUCAUGACGAGGCUUUCGGUGAUGUGAUGGUUCAUCAGGCGAUCCACACCAUUGAGUAUGUGCUCGGUUGCGUUUCGCACACAGCUUCAUACCUUCGACUUUGGGCGCUGUCGCUUGCCCAUGCUCAGCUGUCCGAAGUGCUUUGGCAUAUGGUGCUUUCGAACGCGUUCGGCCUAAGCGGAAUCGCUGGUUACAUAGCCAUCUAUGUGAUCUUCUUCUUCUUCGGAGUGCUCACCUUCUCUAUUCUGGUACUUAUGGAAGGUCUCUCAGCUUUCCUCCAUGCACUUCGUCUCCACUGGGUCGAAUUCCAAUCGAAGUUCUAUCAGGGCCUCCUCGGCUACGCAUUCGUACCGUACUCGUUCAAGACGGCCCUACUUGCAGCCGAAGCCGGCAACUAA